CUAAAAUUACAAGAAUUAUAUUCAAAUAUUUUAAAUUGAAUACUCAUUUGGUGUUGCCAUCAAAAUGGAGAUUUCAACACGCCGUUUGAAACUUCUUGCCAUCUUGGGAUACUUUUUAACAGGUAUUACAGGAGGGGUUAUUAUAUAUGGUAGUGAAAAGAUGAUAGUAGCAACUAAAACGCCUAUACUUAUUUUUAUGGUGUGGUCUGGUCUUGUCCUAGUUAUUGUAAGUCUAAUUGGAAUAUAUGGCGUGAUAAAGAUCAACUUUGGCUAUACGGUUUUGUCAAGUUUCGCCCUGGUUGUGGUUUCAAUUACACUAAUCAAUCACCUUAUGUAUGCAAUUAUAAAAGAUCGAAGUGAGGUUGAAUCGGAUAGAAAAGUACUGAAGCUUUGGAACAGACAUAUGUUAAUGGGAAGAGCUAUGCAUAAAAUUCAAGAUAGACUGGACUGUUGCGGCAUAUAUGGAUUUCAAGAUUAUAUCCUUAAUGACAAGCAAGUACCAGUUUCUUGUGUUUCAGAAGAACUGGUUUCAUACAUUUAUAAGCAACUAGGCUGCAAGGAAGCUUCAUUACGCGAAUAUUUGUUCUCUCGAAAUUUUAUUAUAUUCAGUGAAUUUACUUCGUUACUGCUAAAUAUGAUUACGGCCGUGGCUGGUUUCAAAUUAUGUUCUCGCAUAGACAGGGGUAUAUGAUAUUCAU